GUUAUCAUAGUCAUCAUUCUCAUCUCAGACAGUCAACAGUCGUUAAAUAUUGAGACUAAUAUAACAAAUUCAAUCAGCUCCAGUUGACCGAAAGAAUUUUAAACGCACUCUUUAUUAAUAUAUUAAAUAUGUAAAAUGUUAUUUCAAGUGCUAAAAUUUAAAUAAAUACUGUUAAAUUCAGUGAAGAUGAUAAAUUUUUCUAAUUGUAAAUAAAGUUUGUGAAAAUUUUUAAAUUACCCAAUUAAGAUGACAUCAACAUGUAAAAAUAUGGAGUUAAAUGAAAAGCCGAUUAAGUCUUGUGACAGCAAUGAAAAUAGAAAAAAAUCUAUCACUCGGGAAGAAAGAAAAUCUUUUUUGAAUUCACGAGAAAAUUUGAGUGUUUCGGAUAUUGAACAAGGGUUUAAUAAACAUUUAUCGUGUGUGCGUAUGAACAAAUGUACUCUUCUUAAUGUGCUUACGAUUUUUUUUAUUGUUCUUUGUAUUUGUUUUGAAACUUUUAAUUUACCGAGAGUGAUUGAUAAUAAACGGGAAAUUGAAAAUCUUAGGCGGGACCUUGAUUUAUUGAGACGGCAAUUUUAUGAAGAAAAUUUUUUGGACAAAAUUAUGGCCUUUGAAGAACAGUUGUACGAUGAUGAAGACAUGGACGAUUCAGAACAGGAAUCGGAGGAUUACGCGGAUUAUGAUUCUAAAGUUCCAGCAUCAUCGAAUGCGACCGAUAAUGAUGAAAAAUUUGAACGCGCGCUUGAUGCGCUCAACAAAUUGGAAGAAAUUAAAAGCAAAGAUUGGAAGAAAAUGUAUGAUGAUGAUUUAAGUAAUAAUAAAACAGAUGAAGAUGAUGAAUCGAAAUCUCAUCAGCGACGAAGACGAUUCAUUAGCGACGAAUCACCUGUUGCGUAUACUAAGGAUAAUGUACCAAUUUUCCAAUCACCUUUUCCACGGAUUGUCAAAAAUAAAACAGAUUACAAGCAUCGGAAAAAUUUGACUGAUCAAAUUUUGUCUAGGGAUUAUUUAGUUGUAAAGAAUUAUUACAAACGUAAACAUCAAGGGAAUCGGCGUCAAUAUCGUAAAGCGCCUGAAGAAUUAACCAAACUAGGGAAGAAAAUUACGAAAAGAAAUCUUCGAAUGUCACGUCAAAUAUUGGCCGCGCAUUACGGCGCAGACAGUAGUCUGUUUCGAUCAGAAGACGAGCACGCUGGUAAUGGAAAAGCCAAACAUGCUGAAGGAGUUUUCAAAGCCUGGAGAUCCAGCGAUUGGAUGGAUGAUUUCGGUAUGGAUCGUUACUUUGUCCUUACUGAUGAUGGAAAGUUGACCAUUCAUGAAUCUGGAUUGUACCUAGUCUACGCACAAAUUCAUUACCUUGAUGAGCAUGAUGAAAACGGAUUCCACUUUCUCGUUAAUGGUCGCCCGAUUUUGCAGUGCAUGGUUUACAGUCCAGGUCUUGAACACAAAAGUCGAUCAUGUUUCUCAGCGCAAGUAACUUUUUUGGAAGCCGGUGAUCAUGUCGUCCUUAAAGAUGUCGGAGGGUCGCGGUAUACAUUGUUUCAAAAAGAUAAGAGCUUCUUUGGCCUUAUUAAACUUGGAGACAUAAAACAACAACCGAUAUUACCAACCACCUCAGAAACUCCUAUUAUAUAGAUUCUUAUAAAUUUUUUUUAUGUAAAUAUUAUUAUUAAUUAAAGUAUAUAUAUUA